GACAUGUCGCAACAUGUACGUCGCUAUGGCAAAUAUAUAAGCGAGAAAAUUUACACAUACAGGCUAUGUGCUUUUGAUUUUUGCAAAGUGAAACGAGGGCGUGAGGAUGGCCUUCUGCGAACAAUGAAUACGGACAAGGUGGUUGCUGUAUAUGCAUUGGAAAACUACAUCCAAAAUGACGGGGAUUUAUUACUGAAAACGUUGCCGAUUUUGCAAAAUCAAAUUGACGCUCUUCUCGAAUUCCAAGUGACAUCGGCUGAAUUGAAUAACGGCGUGAUCAAUUGCUCUUUCAUCCUUCUGUUUCGCGAUCUCAUUCGUCUGUUUGCUUGUUACAACGACGGUAUCAUCAAUUUGCUGGAGAAAUAUUUCGAUAUGCACAAAAAGCAGUGUCGCGAGGCUCUCGACGCAUACAAAUCAUUCCUCCUAAGGUUGGAUAAAGUUGCAAGCUUUUUGAAAGUAGCCGAGUCAGUUGGAAUUGACCGGACGGAAAUCCCAGAUUUGACACGGGCACCAGCUUCUUUGCUUGAAGCACUGGAAGCGCAUUUAAUCCAUCUGGAAGGCGGCAAAGCUCCUCCGAACAUCCAUCAUCAGCAAUACACUGUGGCAAUGGCACAGUCUACACCAUUAUUUUCAUCCACUCAAACAGGCGUUAUUGAUGAUUCUGCCAAACAGAAGUAUCUGCAAGAAGAAAAGGAGCGCUUACGGCUCUUUGAGGUAGCGCCAGCUGGCACCGGCUCUGCUCGAUCUUUGCCAGUAAAGCCAAGCGACGACCUUCUAGGCCUCUUCGACCCGAUGCCAGCGGGAACAGUGACAGUUACAACGGCAUACGGAAUGGCUCCAGCAAGUGCCACAUCACAGCCGGUGGUUCUGGAUCCAACGAAUCCUUUUGCGCAGAAUGCUUUCCAACAGCAGCCAGCUUCCGUUAUGUCUCCCAAUUCCUCCGCGCCGGACUUUUCGUGCUACAAAGGAGUUGGUAGUCGCAUAAAAUACGUUGCUGUGACGCUGGUCGUUAUAAUAUCAAAGUCAUGGCAACACUUGCCUGCGGAAUUGUCAUCUGCUCAAAUCCGCUGUGCAUAA